AUGGUGAAAGCAAAAUCUGCUGGAGAGCCAAAGCAAAAAACUGUAGCUAAUCGAUUCCCAUCUCUAAGUGGAUGGGGUACGGAGCGCAAUGCAUUUCGCAUGCUAUCUGAAGCAUGUAUCCAAGGGUUCAAGGAACAUGGAUAUCGCAUUGGUGUCAUUCGCGGACCGGAUUUCAGUGAGCUCGAUGGGGGGCUUAUUUUUGACCCUCCGGAUGGAUUUCCUAUGAACAUGGAUCCGUCUGAUGUGUGGGCCUGGGUUCAUGAACAUAGAGAGGAUAGCAACCUACAGGUUGUGCCAUUCGACAUCAAAUCCAGUAUCAGCGUUCGGUCAUCUCACCAGAUUCCUCCUAUUUUCAUGGUUGCACCUCCUGGGCAUCCUGAGAUCCUAUGCAUUUUACCCAUCAAUAGCUACACAUCCAUGUUGGCGAGUAUGAAGUUGGAAUACGCUGACAGCCGUGGUGUGGAGUUCAACAAGGCGCAUCGGAUGCGACAACGGGAACCUUUGCACGUCAGUUCUCUCUUGGCGCCGUUCGCGGUACACCAGCGCGAUCUCUUUCGAGCCCUAGCCGGAAUUCGAGAUGCAUUCAAAAGCCAAUCAACUUAUAGAAAUCCAUCUAAUGGUAUUACGCUGCGAGGCUGGAUGCCACCAGAACCUGAUUCUAGUCUCGAAAAGGUGCUGAUGGUAUCGAUGAGCAAGCAGGAUCAUUCCGCGCAGGUUAUUCAAGAGCUUGUUCAGACUCUCCAUGCUCAGCCAGACUGCCAUAUAGAGAUAUUGUUCAAUCUCGUGCAGCCACUAGCCUGCGACUUAAUACUUCGAGACAACGCAUCAUCCACGACGUACCUACUUGAGCACAAGUUGAGUACACCUAAAGAAAGAAAGCCUAACACUGCUCCCCUGAAAAUCAAUGAGACAUGGGCGAGUGAUAAGCUCAAUUGGCAUUUUCUCUUCCAUCAGCAUGGCUAUUGGCUGAUGAUCCAUACACGAGAGGGACACAAAGCAGGGAGCAACACGCCCGUAGUCCGCAUCGACAUGAGGACCCCCGACGCAGCCUCCAAAAUCGCAAACACAAUACGCGCUCAUGGGAAGUUGGCUAAACGGAGACUUCAAAACAAGUGGCGAACCCUGGAUUUAUACGAGGGUAGCCUCUCGGAUGAAACGACUAUGUCGACGGAGCCAGUUACCCGAGAAAUGACUAUACAUGGCAGAUCAGCCGCGAGAGAGCAACUCCGUAUAGCAUUCUGCGAUGCCAUCAAUAACCAAUGCUAUAAGCUGAGGAAACACGCUUGUAUCAUUCUGGAAAGUAGUGGCUGUGGAGAGGCGGUAAUAAUUCGACAUGACUGGACGGACCGCGAUGUGGCUAUAUACCAGGCAAGCAAAUCACUGCCUGUCUCUCUUCUAAGUGGAACACAAUCCAGAUCUUCUCAAGCGCUCGUACUCAACUUCAUCCCUCACUACUGGCCGCCUAGUGUCGAGUCUUUGCAAUUGUUCGAGCCGGCACGCCUUAGGAUGAUUCACAUACCACUGUGUUUACGUCAACCCUUCAUCUAUAUUGCUGCCACUAUUAGCGCUCAAUCUGCUGAUCGAAAGGCUUGUAUCGAAAAGCUCAUCAUCUUACCUUCGGAGGAUACGGAUUGGAAGAUUGGACCUGAUAGAUGCCGUGUUUGCGAUGAUGAAACUAGAGCGAGAGAUUGGAAGCCGGUCGUCCAGAGUUUGGUUGAAAGCCAGGGAAACCACAACCCAGGAAGCUCACUCAUACAAGUUCCCUUCCUGAACCAACGAGCAGAGCCACUCUGCAAGGUUUAUGAUUUCAAUGACGGCUCAGUGCACGGUUAUCUCGAUGGUAUCUUGCAGGAUCAGAACUCACGUUAUGUUACUCCCAUCUAUGGGCCAAAAGGCAUUCUUCAACGACAAUGGAAUCACGGUAGCCCUCGAAUGGUGGAUACUGGCUGUUCUAGCACCCACAACAUGAUGUGUCGAGUCUUAACGACCCUUCCGCCCAACACCGAACCAAUGCCGAUCGAAAGCAUCGAAAGCAUACACAGCCGGGAAAAAGAAACGAUCAUGAAAGAGAAAGGCUGCCUUGAAAAACGUGCGAUAGCCUCCGCCCACCAGACUCUGAUCAGCAAUCCCGAGUACGGUAUGCCAUUGGCGAACAUCCUAGAACGGUCUGGCUUCAAGACAGCUUAUACUCUGCGAUGCGACAAGUGCACGGAUAAAGAUGAGUGUUGCUUCUACAUCCCAGAAGUUGCGUACAGCCUUAAAGCAAAGAUUGCAUGUGCAGCUUGCUGGGGUAAAUCGAAAGCGAUAUGCUCGUUCCAUGGCGCCAUGUACCUUGUAAUCAGUGCUACGUUGAUCGAUACGAGUGUGACAAUCGAGCAGGGUCUUGCGAAAGGUGUGACACUCAAGGUGAGGAGUGUAUACGGGAACUUUGUGCAUACGCGGACCAGCCUGGGGACGACUCUAAUUGCCCGAAAGAUUGCGACAAAGCCCAUGACGAUGAUGGCUACACAAACGCCCGUGCGAUCCCGAGGGGUGCAGGAUACAAUAAACCAGACCAUGCGGACGAAAAGGCUGGCCGUAGUGGAUCAUGACUGGGAUGACUGGCAUGCCACGAUCGAUCCUGAACGACAAAGCCUUCUGUUGCAUGAGGACGCACCAGUGGACAUGUUCAGAGCGAGCGGUAAUAUACAAUGGGAUGACUUGGCUGGAAGACUUCGGGACGUGGAAUGUCCUGAGUCGCUCUUUGACGGACAUGAUACGCUAAAGAAUUAUGUCAGCGCCAUCUUCCUUAGAACGAUACCGGUAGUUGCGCUUAUCACAGUAUCACUCAACAACUACGUGGUGCGCCACAAUCUGCCCUGCAAGAACUCUCUCUUCUCUUCCACUAAUCUCUUGUGCUAA